CGCAACGGGAGAGUAGAGAGGUUUUAGGGAAACACUCGGUCGGGAUUGUGGGAAGGAACAGAAAAAGCGCCUCAACAUCACUAUCAAGCUUCAGACGUCCAGCACUUCGCCGGCACCGCCUCCACCUCCGCCACAGCCGCUCCACCGAGUCCCACGCGGAGAGAACUACCGAAGCGCCCUCACCGCCUCCAGAGCAGACACUGUCCGAUCUCAGAGAGGGAGAGAGAUAGAGAGAGAGCGAGAGAGAGAGAGAGAGAGAGAGAGUACUUUUCUCUGACAUUAUAGAGACUUCCACCACGUACUGUACGUUACUUUUUUUUCCUCGCGGCGCCGUCUUCUGUUAAGUUGCGCUCCUGGAUUUUAAGUGCGUCUCAGCGAACUCCGUCCCCAUCAGGCAGCGGCUUCAACCUUCCUGUCAAACGGCCGGGACCAAACAACCGGCGGACCGCUUGCUGUUUCUUUCUCAUUACCAGGAGAAGAUUUCAUGCCAAACAAAGUACAGAUGCUGGAAUCUUUGAGCUGAUUGGAACAAAUAGAAAGCAGAAGAAAAGACAGAUAAAGGAAGAGCAGAAGAGUGAAGAAAACGAGGAGAUAGAAGAAGAAAGAGGAGAGAAAAGAAAGCUUCAAGUUCUUUAGACAGAGGAGAGAAAGAAAGAGACGGGGACGAUGGGGAGGAAAAAGAUUCAGAUCACGCGGAUUAUGGAUGAACGCAACAGACAGGUGACAUUUACAAAGCGAAAGUUUGGCCUGAUGAAGAAGGCGUAUGAGCUGAGCGUGCUGUGUGACUGCGAGAUUGCCCUGAUCAUCUUCAACAGCACCAACAAGCUGUUCCAGUAUGCCAGCACAGACAUGGACAAGGUCCUCCUUAAAUACACUGAGUACAAUGAGCCCCAUGAGAGUAGGACCAACUCUGAUAUUGUGGAGACAUUGAGAAAGAAGGGCCUAAACGGCUGUGACAGCCCAGACCCCGACGCAGACGACUCGGCAUUAAGCAAGAAGGAGAACAAGGGUGGUGAGAGCCCGGAGCUCGAGUCUGCUCUCAUCCUCACCCCACGCACUGAGGAGAAAUACAAACAGAUUAACGAGGAGUUUGAUCACAUGAUAAAAACUCAUAAGAUACCUGCUGUGCCCCCAUCGAACUACGACAUGCCUGUGUCCAUUCCCGUUAGCAACCAGAACAAUCUAAUCUACAGCCAUCCCGGCGGGUCCCUAGGCAACCACAAUCUGUUGCCUCUGGCACACCAUGGUUUACAGAGAAACAGCAUGUCUCCUGGAGUGACACACAGACCCCCCAGUGCAGGUAACACAGGUGGCCUCAUGGGUGCUGACCUCACCACUGGCGCAGGCACCAGUGCUGGAAAUGGUUAUGGGAACCACCGCAACUCACCUGGGCUGCUGGUUUCUCCAGGUGGAAUGAACAAAAACAUGCAGGCUAAGUCUCCCCCACCCAUGAACUUAGGCAUGAACAACCGCAAACCUGACCUACGUGUGCUCAUCCCACCUGGCGCCAAGAACAACAUGCCCUCCAUCAACCAGAGAAUAAACAACUCUCAGUCUGCUCAGUCUUUGGCCACCCCUGUGGUAUCAGUAGCAACUCCCACUCUACCAGGACAAGGCAUGGGCGGUUACCCAUCUGCCAUCUCUACUUCUUACGGUACUGAGUAUUCCCUGAAUAGUGCAGACCUGUCCUCGCUGUCUGGCUUCAACAGUGGCAGCUCCCUACACCUCAGCUCCAUGAGCGGGUGGCAACAGCAACACCUUCAGAACAUGCAGCACUCAGCCCUCGGACAGCUAGGAAAUUGCUCUAGCUCUCACUUAUGUCAGGGUUCAAAUCUCUCGCUGCCCUCUGCUCAAAGCCUGCACAUCAAGUCCGAACCUGUUUCUCCUCCUAGAGAUCGCACCAGCAGCACACCGGGGGGGUAUGGUGGUGGGGUACCACCUCCCCAGAACCCCUCGUCCCGCCAGGACUCGGGACGCUCCCCUGUUGAUAGCCUGAGCAGUUGUAGCAGCUCCCAUGAGGGCAGCGACCGUGAUGAGCACAGGAAUGAAUUCCACUCACCUCUGGGACUGGCCCGGCCCGCCCUGGAUGAGCGUGAAAGCCCCUCCAUCAAACGGGUGCGCCUUUCAGAAGGAUGGGCGACAUGAUAGCUCUGCCUCCUCCCUGGCAGUGCCCCAAGUUGCCCUGAGCGCCCAACAAUGCAGCAUUGCAAUGCCCCUAAGUCAGCUCUCUCCUCCUCCUCCUCUCACUUGAUAUCACGAGUCAAUCACCACCCAACCCCACAGCCUCUCUCCUUUUAUCUCUUUAAUGCUGAAGGAAAGAAAAGGGACAACCCCUUUUAAAAAUCUGUUUGUAAUUUCUUUUCCUUUUUUUUAUUUUCAGUUUUCUUUUUUGCUGAGUGUGUGUGUGUGUGUGUGUGUGUGUGCUAUACAUAUUGACAUUAUAUAAACCAGUGAGGUGUUGUAAUGGGGUUUUGGGGGGGUGGGUGUCUGUUGGGAUGGGUUCUUGGGGUAUUUUUGUUGGGGAACUAUGCAUAAACUGUAUUGUGUGUGGAUUAAAAAAAAAACAUAUGCAUAUAUCUUUACACGUGUGUAACGUGUGUAUGUGUAUGUAUAUGCAUAUCAGCAAAAAAAAAAAAAAAAAAAAAAAAUAAAAAAAGUCAGGUACUCUGUCUCAUAAAAUGUACUUACAAUUUGCCUCAGCGAUAUAUCAGUAACUAGAGACAAAAAUUAAAAAAAAAAUACAAAAAAAACCCAAAUAUAUUAACAUGAGAGCGAGUGUGUCCAGUGGAAAACACUUUAGCACUUGAGUUGGACAAACAGUAUGUGUGUACAGUAUCAGUUUGAUCGCUAAAUACUUUCUCUGCAGUUCUCCCUUGCAAAAAUGUGUGUUAUCAUUAGAUGAUGUCAUGUUGCAGGUUCAACGUAUUUAUGUAAAUAGUGGGUGGGUGGGGGAUGGGCAGGGGGUCAAAAAUUGCCAGACAUUUCAAGAUUUAUUAACUCACUAAAUGAAAAGCUAUUAUGCAACAUUUGAAGGAUUGUACAGGUAAACCCAGUGUCAGGUGUGUGGCGCCUUUGAUAAUUUCAGCGCUCCCCUUAAAGAACGGAGUCAGGACCACCUUUUGAUCUAAGAGCUGCGUUGUAAUCAAGAAAACUCUGGAUCUAGUAUUAACUACUCAGUAUUGAUAAACAAAAAAGGAAAAAUUAAAAAAAACAAUUGUACGAUACACUUGCUUAUAUUUUCAUAUGAAAGGAAUACAAUGCAAAGCAUUUUUGUGGCUUUUUGUAGUUUCUAUAAGCCAGAAUGUGUUUUUUGAUAGCUUUGCUAAUAAGAGACGGAUAGUUCACCCAGAGGGGAAAUGACAGGGCUACGAAGCCCCAAGCCAUGAAAACCAGACUGAAAUCCAAUGCUUUGCUGAACUGUUUUAACUUUGUAGAGGUUUGUUUUUAACGUGUAUUUCUAAUUAUAUAUGAUAAUGGUAAUAUUAAGAAUCUUUAAAAAAAAAAUCUGUGAAAUUAACAUGCUUGUGUAUAGCUUUCUAAUAUAUAAAUAUAUAUAAUAAUGAUUUUUUUCUUUUGGUUUCUUAGUGGAGUUUCUAUGUGCAGUUGCACAUGUUGUCUGGUUUGUUUCAUUUAAAUUCUGAACUAUGCUGUUCAGACGUUUUAGACUAAUCUUAAAAACCAGCUGGGAAGCAUUGUGACAUAGAAAAGAUGGGCCUGAAAGCUGUAAACCAAUAUGCUGGUGGAAAAUGUCAAAGACUUGAACUGGGGAUGACCUGAUAAUAAAAAAUAAUAAAUAAAUAAAAUAAAACAACACAUGAUGAACAUUAUUGCUUCACUGAUGAGGAAAUAUGACUGACCCUUAGAGUCUAGAUGCAUUUUUCUGCAUCAGAUAAUUCAUAAUGAAUUCAAAUCGCUUAAAUUGAAUCUAUUUAAAACCAUGAAGCAUAUUUCUCAACAUCAUAGACUUUUCUAUUCCACCUUGAGUCUUUUCUAAUUUUAUCUCGUGAGCAAAAUUUUUCAUAAGCUCACAUAAACUGUACAAUGUUCCUUUGAAUUAAAUUUCCAUAAUGCAAUUUUUGCAAGUGCAUUGUGAUAAAUUACUACAGAACAUUUCCAGGCCUAAUUUGAUUUCCUAUUACACAGUCACUCCUCAUGUUCCAGUCUUCAAAACAGGGUUCCACAGCACAUCGCUUACAGUUGAGCUAAAGAUACAAAAGGACAACCUGAUCAUGCUGGUAUGGGAGAAGCACAAUAGUUUAUUUUAGAUGGAUAAUUCAUUUGAUUUUUCUCUUUUUUUAAACAUUAAAACUAGCCACAUACAGGUCUCUCUCUGCCUCCCACUCCCGUAUCUGCUGUCACUUAAGUGUUAUAAUAUUUCUAUGUGCAUAUUUCAUGCAGGUUCACAAUGUUGUUACUGUAUACAGUCUGUGUAGUCAAAGGGGGCAGAGCCUCUUUAAUGGUGUUCUCUCUUUUUAUUUUUUAAACUUCAGUACAAAAAGUUUGAGAAAAAAAUAAACAUGAUGUUUCAGGCAGCAAGUGUGGAGAAACCAAAGCCAGUGGCAUUUCUGUGUUGUAAAAUCAACAUUUAUUUUCACAUUUGUUUAUGGUUUUUGCAAGCAUUGAAACAAGAUAAUAAAAGAAUUUGCUCAAAUGUACAAUUGUUUUCACAUUUCAAUUAGUCAGUUGAUUGUAGCUUUAGCUUUCAAGCUGCAUUGUCCAUACCAAACACAAUGAUUGACCUGUUUUGUUGCUUCCUUGUCCCCCUGUGCAUUGCACUCAAAAGCUUUCAUGCAAAUGCUUAUUUUGUUUACAUUUUUUUCUUUUUAUCUGAAUCAAGAGGAUCAUUCAGGCCUAUCAUGUGAAACAUGUGCUCAUUGUCCUCUUCAGUAAACCAGAUUACAGACUACCUGAUUACUGAAACCAACACAUUAAUGCCAAUAUUUGCUGCCAGAGCUAUAGUUAGAACAAUCAUUUUAACCAAAGACAUAGAGAAUUUUUUUUCAGAAUUUUGUGUUUGUUUUUUGGUGUUUGCUAAAUUUAAAGCCAUUUUUUUUUUUUAUCAUAAGAUGAUCAGUUGUUCUUUUUCAGUAUUACAAAGAUUUAAUGUUGGUACCUCAAAAUUGACCCAGCAGUACCUCAGCUGAUCUUUUGAUAAGUCACUUGCAGUGCAAAGGGGAGACCACACCUGUACAGCCAUGUGUAAUAACAUACAAUUGCUUGAGGUCCCAAAAUUCAUAUGGGAUUCUUUGUUACUCCACUGUGUUUGUGGUUUAUUUAAGUUGUGCUCAAAAUCUGAAAACGUAUUGAAAAAAAAAAGUAAUAUGUUAAAAUAAUUCAAAAGUCAGUCUGUAGUAUCAAUGUAGCUUGUAUAAACCUGAAAAAUGAGAAAUGUUUGGAACAAUUGUUUUCUGGAACGCAAGAGCGACUUUAAGCGGCAUAAGCUGGCCUUUGUCGCCACUUGAGACUAGGAUGGUAUUGAAUUAAAUCACAUCUCUGUAACUCAAGGGACUUGAUUCAGCUGUAUGUAGUGAAAACGUAUGGAGAUGGAAUAAAAAGUCGCCUCUGCUGGAGGGAAAGGCUAUUUGUAUUUUGCAGAGAUUUCAGUAAAGUUACUGGCUUUCUUAGUUAUCCUGAUGUGACUCAGUGUGGUUUCAUUGUGUUUGACUUGUUUCCACAUACAUCCCAAACAGUUAUACCUUCAUAGCCUCCACAAAAGAAAAAAGAAAAGAAAAACAUGUUAUGAUUUAAAAAUGAGAGUCUGUAUAUUGCUCUUGAAAGGACUCUUUAAGACUGCAUGGCACUAAAAUAUGAAAUGAGUAACAUCAACUUAUUAACAUUUCCAUUUUAAUAAAUGUUAUUUUUAAGACAUUUUUUAAAGUUUUAUUUAGUUUAAAUCACAGUGACAGUGUUUUUUUAAUCCAAUACACAUGUGUUCAAUGCUCUUUAUUCACAGUGUAAACAUCAUUUAAAAAUAUAUAUAUUAAAUACAGUGACAUGCUCCAAAAACUAAAACAUAAAAAAAAGAUUAUUUAUCAAUAAAUAAAUCCCCAGAUGCAAACACACACAUACACAAGGCCUAGGCCAAUUUAAAGACCAAAUCCAUUCAAGUCAUUCAGUAUAAUCCAACCUUUUUUUUUUAUGGUUUAAUUUCUAGCUUUAAAUGUUGUCGCCUUUUACUUUAAUUUGAAUGAGACUUUAAAUAGUAAAAUAUAAUAGGCCAAAUAAUAUUACUUAAACAUUUAUAUUAAAUAAUGACGUUGCAAAGACAAGAAAAAACGUCAGAGGCUAAUCGUGUUUUGCUGCGUCUCCACGUUGUUUCCCCUCAAAAUUAUUACAAGGAAAUAAAUAGGCUACAUAAAACUGUCGGGUUUUUAUAUAAGUUCUAAUUCAUUUACAAAAAAAAAAAAAAACAAUUUGGCAAAAAGAUAAGUGGCCUAAAUUCGUAGAAUCCGUUCAUAAAGUAGUGACACAUCACGCUUUUUUAAUCUCUUGUGCUUGUUGGGUAAAUUUAUUAAAGAAAAUAAACUCGUUUAAAAUAUUAACCUGGAAAUAAAUAUUAAUGGGAUUUGUUUUAUAUCACUGUAGAAGAUUGCUUCCAAAUGCAUUCUUGCUUCAAAAAAAUUCUUUCUUUUUUUUUUUUUUUUUUU